AUGGACCACGGCCUUCACGCGCAGCGCGGCCACGGCCACCUGUGCGUCUACAGCGCCCCGCGCGUGGGUACCGUCUGCGUGCGAUGCGUGGCGGAGGCGAUAUCCGCGACGCGCGGCGGCGCGGGCGGCGCCGUCGCCGACCCCGCCGCCCACGGCUCCUCGCAGGGCUUCGGGCACCCCUCUCCCCCGAGUAACGAGCGACGCGCCCCGACCCCACCCCCGCGACAGCGGCUUAACACCACCCGCGCCCGGCACGCGCGCGCGCUCGCGGGAAUCCUGCGAGAUCCCGCCUCCGGACCCGACGUCGCGCGGCGGUGGGGUCACGUCGUCGUCGCCUGCGUCGUCGACGCCCUGGCGGCGAGGGAGGAGGAGGACGCCGAGGUGGCGACGCUCCUGCUGGACUGCGCGCUCGCGGUAUCCACCGCGGCCGCCGCCUCCGACGGCGGCGCGACGCUCGACGCGUGCAUCUCCCGCGCCCUCGUCCACCUCUCCUCCGCGGACCCGGCCCGCGAGCGACGCGGCGCCGAUACCCCCCCGCUCCACCCUCGCGCCAACCUCCCGACGAACCUCGGCGGCAGCGGAGGCAGCAGUCAACCGUCGCAGGAACACUUCUACAUAGCCCCAGGGCCCCGCGGCGGUAGCCAGGGCUACGGAACCCAAGAUGGAUAUCAUCUCGCCGUGGGGUCGUCGUGGGAAGCGACGUGGGACGGGGGAUGGAACGCGACAGGGGCCGCCGUCGCCCCUGCCGCGCCCCCCGCCUCGCAGGGUCAGAUCCAACUCGACUCCCCCGCCUUUGGCGUCGCGGCGCACCUGGCGUCCCCCCAGCCCCGCGCGCGACACCGGGGCGGCACCGAUUGCGGCCGAGCGAGGCUGCUCGGCCUCAUCGCGGAGCUCUUGGCGCUCGACGUGCCCCGCGGGUCGCUGCCUGCGGCGUUCCUUGCGGGAGUCGCCGACGUCGAGGAAACCGGCGAGUGGUUCGGCGGCACGCCCCCCGCGAGAACCGCCCUCCACGCCGCCACGCAUCUGCGCCACGCCCCUCACCCCGAUCCGUGCGGCGUGUCGUCCCCGCUCGCCAUCGUGAUCGACGCCCUGCGCGACCCGGCCGCGUCCGGCGACGCGCGUCUGGCCGCGUUAUCCCUCUGCGCGCAACUGGCGAGCCGCACGGCUGGCGACCGCGGCUGUUUCCGCGGGGUCCUCGCCUGGGAACCCGGGGCGGGGCAGGCCAUGGCCGCCGGGGCGCUCGCAGCCGUCGCGCGAAUCGCCGGGGAACGCGGCGGCGUCGGCCCCGGUACCGACGCCGCCGCCGCCGCCGUCGCCGAGGCGCUUCUCGUCGUCGCCGCCUGCGCCGUCGCGGACGAUGAUUUCGACCUCGACGCGCUCCUCCGCGAGUACCCGCCGGGGGUGGCCAUCGCCAAGGUCCCGACGUUCGCCGGGGUGAUCAACGACGCGCUCCUCUCCCCGAGGCUCGCGCUCCGCGCCGACGCGUGCGACUGCGUCGAGGUGGUGGUGUCCGCGCGCGGCGACGCGCGGUCCGUCGAUCGGCUGCUCUCCUUCGACGUCGCCGAGCACGUGUUCGAGCUCCUCCGGGAUUUAACAAGGGCGCGAGCGAUGACGCCCGCCGCCGACGGUCCGCGGACGACGACGACGCGGGGAGGAGGGCGCGGGGUGUCCGUGACGAGCGUCACGAGGACGGAAAGAGACGCCGCCGCGAGAACCGCGCUCGCCGCCCUCGCCGCCCUCGCCGAACAAUCCCACCGGGGGUUCAAUCCGAGGCUGGCUUGCGGAGCUGCGCCCGUCGCGUCAACCCUCGCCGCCGCCCAAAGGGACCGGGACGUGGAGGCCACCUCCGCCGGGUGCCGACUUCUCUUCGCGGUGGCGAGUGGGGACGACCCGGGGAACGUACCCGGGGAGUCGACGGCGGCGUUCGCCGCGUGCCUGGCCGACGCGUGCGACGAAGCCGCGUCGAUAAAUCUGUCCUCGGAUCCAUUCUCGGAUCCAUUCUCGGAUCCAUCUGGCGGGUGUGACGUCACCGUCACCGAGGAAGGGGAACGGGCGCGGGCGGCGGCGCUCGCGGCCGCCGCGCUCGCCGGUUUCCUGAGGGGAUGGGGUGGGCGGGACCUCGACGGGGACGUCGCGGCGCGAGCGUUCGCAACGUUCGUUGCCGACGUGUCCCGUAACCUUCGAGAGUUUGCAAAUGGAACCCCGACGCUGGAUCCUCCGGGGUUGGGUCGUAACGCUCGUAACGCUCGUGACGGUUACCCCGAGGCGUUACCCGGCGGCGGAGGCGGCGGGGUUUUCGGUCGCGUUCGGUGGCGCCUCGGCGCCGCCGUCCCCGCGGGGGCUCGCACCGCGUGCGUUCGAUUGCUCGCGACGGGCGGCGGCGACCGCGUCGGCGAGUGCGCCGCGGUUGUCCGCGACGCCGGGCUUCCCGCGGCGACGUUCGAGGCGACGCGUCGGCUCUCGACCGUGCGUCGCUCGGGACGCGCGCUGACGGGGCGGGACGCGGAGGUGGCCGACGGCGUCGCCGCCGCGGCCGCCGCCUCGACGCGUCUGCUCCGCGCCCUGAUCGCUCCGCCUUCCCCCCGAUCCAGGGCGCGGCGGGAUCGCCUUACCGGUGGGGACGAGGACGAAGACGAAGCCGAAGACGCCGCCGCCGCCGCCGCCGCCGCUCGGCGGGAGCUCGCCUUGGAGAUGGUGAGGGAUCACCGCGCCAUCGAGUCCUGCCUUGACGGGACGGAUGCCGGGGUUUUCGACUACGAUCCCUAUCCCGGAAUGCCGGACCCCGCCGCCGACGCCUGGGGCGCGAGCCAGGGGUGCAACGUCUUCUACGACGUUCCCGACUCGGACGAAGACGAGGAAAACGACCGGUCUGGAGGAACGUCGGACCACGACCCGGACCACCCGACCCCGGCGCUGCUGUGCAACUUCCUCGCGGUCUUGGUCCCGGCGGCCCUGGGAGAGGGGAGCGCCAUCGGGAUGGACGUUCGAGUCGUCGACGCGCUCGCCGCGAAAGUCCCCCCGUUUGGUUCGAGGUCGGCGUGGGCGCGGGGACCCGGGCCGGACGGACGACGCGUGGGUCUGUUUGACGUCAUGGAGGCGCCGGAUUCGACACACGGCACCCUCGGCACCACCCUCGGCACCCUCGGCACCCGAGUCGGGGUUGCCGCGGCGAGUGACGCGCUGAUCGCGUGUGCCUUUGCGAGGGCGACGUUCGGGGCGGACGUCGGGACGGACGCCGACGAAUUCUCCCGCGGGAUGGCGGGGCCCCUGUGCGGGUACCUCGUCGCGCGGGGGCCCGGGGGUUGGUGUCCGGGCGGGUUGUGCGCGUCGCUGGCGGUGUGGCGCGCGUGCGUUCAAUCCUUGGACGGGGCGAGCGCGUCGAGGGAGUUCAAUCCCGGACUUAAGCGGCUCGCGAGUUUCGUGACGGAGACGGAGGGGACGAUCGGCGCCAACUUUGUCGCCGCGCUCGCGGGGCUUCACAAACUGAACGCCGCCGGGUGGCGACGCGCCGAGGAGACUCUGGUGACGUACGCGAUGGAUUCCGUGUCUGACAGUGCCGGACGAACGCUGCUGUCGUGGCUGGCGGAUAACAUGCCCCGGUACAUGAACGGCGUCGACGCGUGCAAGUCGCUGUUCUUCUCCGCGCUCGACGGGGAAAAUCUCGCGACGGCGAUGUCCGCGGAUGACGAAAUCUCCGCCGACGCCCCGGCGGCUUCGCGAACCUUCGCCUCGUGGUUCGCCGAUGACGUCCAGACGUGCACGUUCCUCGCUGGGACGUGUUUCGUCGACUCGGGCGGGACUUGCGAUGCGGUGGUGCGCGGGUUGCGGUUUGUGCUCCGCCGGCGACCGCCGACAAAGGGCGCUCUGGCGAUUUGUUCAACAUGUUGGGACGCGUGCGUUCGACUCUCCGGGUUGCGUUCAACAUGUUCAACACCCGUUCAACAUCAACACGUCGUCGGACGCGAGAUCGCGGCGGACGUCGCGCUCCUGCAAGCGGACGCCGCUCGCGGCGGCUUCGACCCCCCCGGGAGCUUCGGGUUCGCGUCCGAUCCCGCGCGCCUGGCGGGGUACCUGCACGACUUGAUCGCCGUGGCGGCGGAGUCGCCGGGAGCCGCGUCCGUGGUCAACGCGGUGCUCCUGAACGCGCUGCUGUCGAAGGUACACGAGGCGACGGGUGCGACAGAGUCGUGCGCCGUCGGGUUGCCGCGCUCGGUGGUCCGGUGCCUGUUUGAAGCCUCGGUGUUUCCCGCGGUGUUGGCGUACGCUAGGGACGUCGCGGUGCGUUGGCGGUCUCGGACGUUUUCUUCACUCGCGGGGGCGACGUCGGCGGUGAGCCUCGUGGGGGGGUUAUUAGGGCUAGGGGUUAGGGCCAUCGACGGACGCGCCGCGUGCGAGGCGGCGGGGGAUAAAACAACCGUCAUCGACGAGACGUUCGCACGAGCGCUCUGCGACGUCGGGGUCGAAUGCGAGGACUCGAUCUGUCGUCAACUCGCGUUUGAGGCGUUGGCCGCCACCGGCGUUUUCCGCGGCGACGGCGGGGAGAUUCGGAGGAUCGUCCUGGAGUCGGGGCGCGCGGGAAUGUGCGGGGGAACUUCCGAGGGAGAGCGCGACGCGGCGGCGAUGUGUGCCAUCCCGUUCGAAGCGGACGCCGACGACGCGGGGGACACCCCUGUAGACGAGUACUACUGGGAGGAGACGCUCCUCGAGGAGUGGCUGCUCGGCGCCGCGUCGUUCGCCCGCCGCGACGCCGCCGAGCCGACCGUCGACUCUCACCCCAUCGCGGGACGCCUCGCCUUCGCGCGACACGUCACGUCUCGCAGCGGCAGGAUCACGUGCCGGGUUCUGAGAGAGCCGGAGAUGCGCGGGACGCUCGUGUCCCUCGCGCUGACGGCGGCGUGGCGGUCCCGGGGCGCCGACCGAGCCCCGAUCGACCUACUCCGAACUUUGUUUGUCGACACGGGAGUUCAUACGGCGAACGACGAGGGUGCGUCGACGCCUUGA